AUCUCAUGUUCUAUCAUUGAGCAGAGGAGUGAUGCACUAUGGUUACUCAGUUGACAAUCAUUCCUUGUCCGAGAGUUCUCUUCAGAAUCUGGAGAAAGUCUAUGAAAAGAACAAGAUCAGACAGCUAAGAGAUGACAGAAGUGCCAUUCAGAAGAAAACGUUCACAAAAUGGAUCAACACAUAUCUUAUUAAGGUAGGACAAGCAGUAGACGAUCUGUACGAAGACCUAUCAGACGGGAACAAGCUGAUAACCUUGCUGGAGAUCUUGACCGGGGAGAGGCUCCCCCGGGAGCGAGGCAAGAUGAGGUUCCACAACCUCCAGAACGUGGAAAACUCUCUUAACCUGCUGAAACGCAAGAAGAUCAGGCUCGUUAACAUCAGGAAUGACGAUAUUGUGGAUGGUAACCCUAAGCUGAUUCUGGGGCUUAUUUGGACCAUCAUUCUGAACUUUGAGAUCUCGCAUGAUCCUGAGGGACAAGCCAGUGCUAAAGCUACACUUAUUGACUGGGCUAAGCGGGCCACCAGAGGGUACAAGGGUGUGGACGUGAGGAACUUUACAUCUAGUUUCAAAAAUGGGAUGGCAUUCAACGCCAUCAUCCACAGAUUUAGGCCAGAUAUCAUUGAUUACGAUGGAUUGAAACCGGAAAACGCAGAGAAGAACCUGGAAAACGCGUUCAGCGUGGCGGAGGAGGAACUGGGAAUACCCAGACUGCUGGACGUUGAGGACUUCAUCCUGGAUGAGCUGGACGAGAAAAGUAUCAUGACUUACCUUUCAGCUUUCAACCGCAUGUACAGUAAGGUACCGUCUGAGGAGGAGUUAGCUGUGAAAGUGUACAGUGACAGAAUUAAUGUCGACGCCAAGAAAAUCUUGAACUGGCUCAAGGCGAACAUUGAUCGUCUGGAGAAGAAGAUUUACAAGAUGGAUCCCGAGAUGUUUGAGAAGUACAAAGCAGACUUGAAGAGGAUAGAGGAUGACGAAAUGCCCGAGAAGAGAGAACUCAAAGAUUACCUGGGAGAUUGUUACAAAAAUCUAAAGUUGGCUGAAGCAGAAGACAUGAUCACCACUGAUAUCACUCAUGAUAAGAUUGAAAACUACUGGGACAUGCUAGAAAAGAGUCUAGCGGACAAGAAGGCUGCAGUGCAGGGGGAGAAGGACAGGAUCAAUGCCCAGAACGAGCUGGCUGAUCGUAUCCAACAGAAAGCUGAACAAGCUGCAGCGAAACUAGAUCAGAUCAAGCAGAUGAUACUCCACCCACCAGAGGAAGUGUGUCUGUCUGAUCUGAUCCAGGAGGCUAAACAACUUCUCUACAACUCCAAUAUGGAGGAAGAUGCACGUGCUAUGUACAGCGGAGUGAGCGCUCUGAUGAAAGAGAACCACCCUCGAGCUGAUGAACUUUCCGCAGAAGUCCAGCUGGUUUCUGACGAGUUGGAUGAAAUAAAAGUCAGACUGGAUACUUUGCACGAGAAUCUGGAGCAGGGGGCUAUUGAUCAGAUUGACAGUAGGAUCAAUGAUCUAAUGACCCAGAUUCAAGCCAAAAACGACCAGCUGAAAGAAGAUGGAUGCGGUGACAAUAUCCAAGGUGCUCUACGGAUCUUAGACAACCUUCUCACCCUGAUGGAUGAGGUAGAUGCCCUCCAGCAGGAUAUCACGGCUGUCAAGGCUGCCGUGGCAGAGAAUCCGAGGGCUGACGUCCGGCAAGAAGCCAAGCUGCAGGACCUGGACUACGAAUACAGUCAACUCAAGUCUAACUGUGUGACUAAAGACCAGGAUAUGAGGGAAGGAGUGGAGUUCCUGGAGGCUAUUGCUGAGUUGUUGAAGUGGGGCAGGGAGCAGAAGGACAGCGAGAUGAAGUUCGAUUGGAGCGAGUAUCAUCCUCUUGAACACCCUUAUGAGAAGUCACUGGUCCAGGGGAUUAGCAAGCAACAGAAGAAGUUCGAUCAGCUUCUCAACCUUGGAAAACAGCUCCUCAAAACCGAGCAUCCUAUGUCUAGAGUUAUUGGGGAGGAGGUUGAAGAGUUGUGUGAGCUAUGGACCUGCCUGAAGGACCUGGCUUGUGUAGCUGAGAAACACAUUCAACACAACAACGACUACGAGCUCUUCUGGAAGAGAUUAAACAAUGCCAACUUGUGGAUCACUCAGAAACGGAACCUCUUGGACACGAGGUACAAUGCCAAGUGUUUGGAUGUGGUUGCUUCUUCCGAGCGACUUCAGGAGUUAGUGGACAUGAAGAAGGACAUUAUUGGCUACGAUCCAAACAUCGUCGAGAUCGCAAACUUGGGCAAUAUUGUGGUUAAUUUGUCGAAGAGAAAGAUGCCUAAGUCAGGUGAAAGAGUACUGGCAUUAUGUCCCUUCAAAAGGGCGGGGCCCAACGGCAACGUCGACCACAGACAUGACAUCAUCUCGCGCGGUGAGGAGUGCCUGUACAUCAGUAGUACCGCAGUGGACUUGUGGAGGAUUAAGAAGGGCUUGUCACCUCCCCCCAAAGUUAACGGACAUCACGGAAAUACCCCGAACAGCAACGGACCCGGCAACUUUAGUUCCGGACUCGUUACAGAAGUUCCAUCGUGUAUCUUCACUACGCUGCCCCCUGACGAGGAGUGCCUUAAUGAGUCAGAAAAGACUGGUUCAGACUAUCAGGCACUAAAGGUAUCAUACGAUCGACAGCGAGGAUACCUAAAACACGUUAUGGUUAAACACGAAUUCUUUAGCAACUGUGAUGUAGUCCUCACUUGGCCCUACGACAAGAACUUUGAAGCAGAGUUGCGGGGAAGAGAGCUAGUGAUAACAAACCUGAAGGAAGCAGGUGAAGGACUGAUUGUGGAGGCGGACAACCACCCCAACAGUGAUAAAACAGACAUACUGGACCGCCAGAAUGCAGCUCUUGACCACUGGGACACCCUGCUUAAAAUGCACCAGAACAAAACUUCAGCUCUGUCAGAUCUAGAGGCUAAAGUUGAGGGUUUUGAUAAGGAUGUGGACGAUGUGGUGGCUAGAUUUGCCGUGGUGGUCAUCACGCCUGAUAAUAUUGGGCCUGCUGAGAAGAGCCUGGAUAAAAUUUUGAAGGACAUUGUUGCGAUGGUGGAUUACGGUGACGAGUUAGAUGAGCGGAUUCACAAGGAAUCUGACGACACAUGUGCUGAGGAUUUCCAGCCUCUUAUCAACAAGCUGUACAGAGUGCAAGUGAAACUGUCUAAAUUCCACCCAACCUGCGAGGCUAAAGCCAGAUGUGUAGGACGUCUUAUGGCGCUGCAGGAUCUGCUCCAAAACGUCAUGGUAACUCUGGAGAACGUGUCGGACACUCUUGCUGACAUGCAUUUGUAUCCUCUGGAGGUCGAAAGGGUCGCUGAGGAUAUCAAGAAAUUGCAGCUGAUAUCAGAAGACUUGGUCGGGGAAGAUGAAAGUAUCAUAGAGAUAGAGAGUAUCCGGGAGGAACUGGAGGUGAUUCUCAAAGAUAGCCCUCUUCUUGUGGAGAUAGGCCACCUACUGGACAAACGUGAUACUAUAUUCAUUGAGAUCGACCAAAGAUCGCAAAUAUUAUCUGGGGAUAGUGAGCCCGGGAUAGCUCACUACGACGUCUCAAUAGCAAGGGCUCUCCACUGGCUAGAGGACGCCGAGGGUAAACUCAGGAAAGAACAGCUACAACCAUCCUUUAAACUUAGAUACCAGCUUCUUACGGUUCUACGGUCGGAUGUGACACUGAAAGUGUGUCUGUUUGAGGACCUCAAAGAGGCGCAAGAGCAAGUCAUCUCGUCUAGUGACGCGUACGAAGUGCUGCUAGAAAACUACAGGAACAAGUUCCCAAUAACUUCCCCCAGCAAGGGGCUUGGAGACACUACAGCCAGGAGCCUCGCUAAGAAGGAGGGGGACGCAGUUCACGAACAGUACUUUAGGAUCAAGGAGGACGUGAACAGACUCGUGCUCGUUAACGAGGAGAGGUACAAGUCGUACGAGAGACUCCAGGAGGAGCUCGAUCUGUUCCUGGGUUGGUGUAACGACACCAAGAACAAGCUCGACAACCCUCCCCAGGUCCUCAUACAGCUCAAGGAAGUUUCCAGACUCAAGGCUCAGCGUCAGGAGAUGGUGGAUGAGAUGGUGGAUGAGAUGGUGGAUGAGAUGGUGGAUGAGAUGGUGGAUGAUGUUACAGAGAAGGGAAAUGAGCUACAGGAACUGAGGGACGGUGUGUCGGACUACGUCACUAAGAGCAGCGAAACGAAGACGGAGGAGACGGCGGGAGUGAAAGAGAAACUGAAACUCGUCCAGGAGGAGUAUACCAUCAUACUUAGAGCUGCAAAGAAUGCGUCUCAAGACUUGCAGGAGACGAUGGACAGGGUUGAGAAGGUUGUGUACUGGUACAAUUGUCUACAGCAGUACCUAAAGAACAGUAGGAAGAGGCUGGAGAUAUUGGAUCCUGUUGCUACUGAUGUGGUGGAGGUCGCCAAGCAGCUCAAACAUUGCAAGGCAAUCACAACAGAACUGGAGAGUAAGGAAGAACUGAUAGAGGAGAUGAUGAAGGAGAGCGAGUAUCUGCUAUCUCUUGCUGAUAACGAUCAUCUGUAUGUUAUCCCGCUGAUCUGGGAGAUAAGAUCCCAAGAAAAACGCCUCGAACGAACGUACACUAAAAUCCGAAAACUCGAGGCUGCAUUGGAUAAGAUCUUGCGAUGGCAGAACGAAAAGGAGAAGGAGCUGGCUGCCGCACCUCCCAUCUCAUCUGAACCCCACAUUAUAAAGGAGCAACUGGAGCAGAUCAAAUCUCUGCGAGCAAUUGUGGACGGGUGUGAGAGUCACAUAACAACGGCUAACGAGCUCGCCAGAAGUCUUAUCAACAAGGCUAAGAUGGGUGCAGAUUCCAUGCCUCCUCUCAAGCAGAAGUUGGAGAAGAUUAACGAGGGCUGGAAGAGGAUGAACGACACUAUUACUCAGAGACUCUACGAUCUGGAGUCUGCGUUGAAGAAGUGCCAGGGAAUUGAGAAGGCCCUGGAGGAUAUCAAGAGGUGGCUGGACGAGAAAGAAGCUCAGUUGAAUGUUAAAGACCCUCUGCUAUCACUGAUGAGGGGUUGCAAGAACAACUCUCUAAAUACACUGUCAGUAUCUGUUUUAUCCCUACUUUGA